AUGUCAAAAUCUGAAGAAUUUAUGGAAAAUUUUUGGAAAGAUAUGGCUGAAAAAGGCUCUUAUUCUUAUGGAAGUGAAAGGAUUGCCCCUCUUGAUUUGGGGAAAUUAUUUGGAAUAGAAAGUGGAAAUAGUGGAGGAGGUGGAGGGGGAGGUGGAGGAAGUGGAGGGGAUAACAAUCCUUUAGCUGGAUUAUUUUCUAUUUUUGGAAGGCGUUGA